CACAUGCACACAGGAUGCAGCAGAGCGUGUCCAGCUGACUGAACUGAUGAGUGACACUGAUCUCUGACUGCAGCCAUGGAUCCCAAACUAAGAAAGGCCAAGUUGAUGUUUGGCCUGAAAAAGAAGAAGAAGAAAGUCAACACAGACCUGGUCCUGGCAAACAAGGGAGCUCUGGACAGUGAGGCUGAGGUGCCCCCUGAAGAGUCUCAACUGCUGGAGGGAGAAAACACUGAGGACCAACCAGAAACCUCUGAAGUCAGAACCAGAAUCAGACCAAACAACAAGAGGGUCAAACUGAAAACUCUCAUCCAGAAGAGUGAAGGGAAACCACAGAGUUUUCAGAUUGCCAUUAACAUCACUGAGGCCCGGCAACUGGUGGGAGAAAACAUCGACCCCAGUGUGGUGAUUGAGAUCGGCGAUGAGAAGAAACAGACGUCAGUCAAAGAAGGGACCAACGCUCCCUUUUACAAUGAGUAUUUCGUGUUCGACUUCUUUGCCCACAAAGAGAUAUUCUUCGACAAAGUCAUCAAGCUGACAGUGAUGCACUCUAAAAUGCUGAGGAGUUUCUUUGUGGGGUCCUUUAAGCUGGAUGUGUGGACAGUCUACAAACAGCCAGGUCACCAGUUCAUCAAUAAAUGGGCAAUGCUGACCAAUCCUAGUGACAUCAGCACUGGAGUCAAAGGUUACGUGAAGUGUGACAUCAGCGUCUCGGCAAAAGGAGAUGCCAUGCAGCCAGGACAAAAAGCACAAGAUGCUGAGGAGCAGAUAGACAAGAACCUGCUGAUACCUGAAGGUUUUCCCUCUGAGCGACCGUGGGCUCGUUUCUGUGUGAAGGUGUAUCGGGCUGAAGGCCUUCCUCGAAAUAACUCCAGCAUCAUGGCCAAUGUCACCAAAGCCUUCAUAGGAGACAACACAGCACUCAUAGACCCAUAUGUAGUCGUCAGCUUCUUUAAAAAUAUGGGUCGCACAUCCACUCAGAGGUCCACAGCUGACCCCGUGUGGAACGAGCAGAUCAUCUUCCAAGAGAUGUUUCCCCCUCUGUGUCAGAGACUGAAGAUUCAGGUCUGGGAUGAGGGAAGCAUGAGCGAUGUUGCCAUAGGAACCCAUUAUUUUGACUUGAGGCGCAUCUCCAACGAGCAGGACGGUGACAGAGGGUUUUUACCAACUUUUGGUCCUGCUUGGAUCAACCUGUACGGCUCUGCCCGAAACUAUACAUUAGGUGACGACACAGCAGAGCUUAAUGAGGGCAUUGGAGAGGGCGUGUCCUACAGGGGUCGGGUAUACAUGGAGCUGACAGUGGAGAUCCUGUCUGGAGGGUCAGGUUCGGAGUCCAAACUCAGCAAAAUGGUGAAGCCAUUAAAGGAUGCUAAAGCAGGAAAAGGCGGAGGGAAGGAUGGUAAGACUCCUGCAGGAGGAGGAGCAGGAGCAGCAGCAGGAGGAGCUGCUGAAGAUGACAAAGGAAAAGUUGUGGCGGAGGUCCUGCCUGUGGAAUCUCCACCUGCGCUGAAUCCAGACAACAACGAGAGCUUCCUGCUGUUUGGGGCGUUGUUUGAAGCCACCAUGAUUGACAGGAAGAUCGGAGACAAGCCCAUCAGCUUCGAGUUCUCCCUGGGUAACUAUGGUAAUGUCUUGGAGCAGCAGCCCACCGUCCCAGCCCCCAGUCCUGCUGCCAGAAGGCGAAAAGCAUUGGAAGUCCCAGACAGCAGUGACCUGUUUUCCUCCUCUUCUCUCAGCUCCUCGCCCACCUCCCCGUCCUCCCCUCUCCUACCCAGAGAGGCUCCAGAGUUCCCCUCGACCUCUAAGUCCACCACACCCCCGCUAAAACCACUCAUCGUCGAAGGAAACAAGUACUACAUGUAUCUUCCUCUGGAGAAGCAGAAGCCGUGUAUAAAUGUGCUGACUCACUGGGAGAACAGAACGUACCGACUGUACAACUCGAACAUGCUGGAGAAUAUAGCUGUUUUGUUUGAGGAGGGUGUGGCCAGUGCAGCAGAGCUACACAAGAAGUCAGAUCCAGGGGCGGCGCGUCUGCUCAUUAUCGUCCUCAAAGAAUUCUGUAUGGACGCCAGGAGUUUCAUCGCAGUAGCAGAGGCCAAGCUGAAGGCGGAGCUUAAGUCGAGCUACCUGACGCAGCUGGACAGGAAACGGCUCACCAUGUGCAAACAGGAACUGGAGAGCAUGAUAGGAGAGGCCCAGUCUUUAGCAGAGAGGAAGAGAAAAGCUGGUGGUCUGAAAGAGAUGCUGCAGGAUGCAUCGAAGCUUACACACAAACUACGCUUCCUUGUGGAGGAGCCCCAGCACACAGUGCCUGACAUCUUUGUGUGGCUGCUGAGCAACAACAAGCGCAUCGCUUACGCUCGGGUCCGAGCCAGAGACCUGCUGUUCUCCAGCAGCCAGGAGGCUCGAGGAAUCCACUGUGGCAAGAUAAUCACACUGUAUUUGAAGCCACCAGGGAAGCGGGUUACAGGCUUGUCAGUGCAAGCGAAGGUGGAUGUGUAUCUGUGGUAUGGGAGCUGUUCAGACUCUGGCCACAUGCUGGAUGACCUACCUGCAGGGUACAGUCCUACCACAGGGGGCGCUGACGCUGGCUGCCCUCCAACAAGCCUCCAGUGUGCAGAGCAGUAUUCGUUCCAGCUGAGGUGUCACAUGUAUCAGGCUCGUGGUCUCAUAGCUGCAGACACCUCCGGACUGUCGGACCCUUUUGCUCGAGUCACCUAUCUGUCACACAGCCAAACCACCAAUAUCAUCAGUCAGACUCUCAGCCCCACAUGGAAUCAGAGUUUGCUGAUGACCCGCCUUCUGCUGAGCGGAGAUCUGCAGCACAUCCAGCAGGAGCCACCACGCAUUCUCAUUGAGGUGUACGACGACGACGCGCUGGGUAAGGCGGAGUAUCUGGGAGCCACAGUGGCGGUGCCAGAGGUGCGGCUGUCCUCUGAGCCCUACACACCUCCAACUCUGCAGUACAGCCCGCUGCACUGUGGCAGCCAAACAGGGGGAGACCUGCUGGCUGCAUUUGAGCUGCUGCAGAUCACAGAGUCUGGAGAGCAGAGUCUGCCGGCGUUGGAGGAGCGGGAAGGAGGCAUCUACGCAGUUCCUGCCAACAUCAGACCUGUUCUCAGCACCUACAGGCUGGAGGUGUUAUUCUGGGGUCUGAGGGAGCUGAAGAAUGUUCAGUUCCUGUCUGUUGAUCGCCCACAGGUCAUCAUAGAGUGUGCAGGUAAAACACUGCGUUCCUCCGUCAUUCAGAAGUACAAGUCCAACCCAAACUUCACCACCCUGGUCGAUAUCAUUGAUCUGGAGUUACCGGAGAAUGAACACCUCCAUCCUCCUCUCAGCAUCACUGUUGUGGACUGGCGGGCCUUCGGUCGCAGCACGUUGGUUGGAAACCACAUCAUCAACAACCUCAAGGCCUUCAAAUACAUUCCACCUCCUGCCCUGCCUGCUCCUGUACAGAUCCAUGAACCACCAAAGGACACAUCCACCGCUGCACCUGCCCCAACAUUAGAGCCACAAAGCACUGAAGGUCCGUCCCAUGACGUUGGAGAGACGAGCUCAACUACAGCAUUAACAAAUCAGGACUUCUUGAUCACUGUGGAGGAAGAAGCCCCGCCUCCACCUCCGCCUCCGCCACCACCACCACCUCCAGAGCCUAAACAAGACCCCAGGAAGAAAAGGAUCCAGGACGGCAGGACAAAGAGCACUCGAGGCCGCUCCACCAAGCGGAGAAGGCGGACCAUCGCUGACGAAUCAGCGGAGUGUGUCAUCGACUGGUGGUCCAAAUACUACGCCUCUGUAGAGAAACAGGCCAAACUGAAGGACGGCUCUCCGUUCCCGCAGGUCUUUGAAAAAGCUUCGCCGUACCAUGGCUUGCUCAGCGAUGGAAUAGACUCAUUGGUCAGCAGCUUCUCGGUCGCAGACAAGAAGAGGAAGACCCAGAAAGCCAAAGGAACCCUGGAGCCGAGCGUUGGUCUGCCUACUAAACUAGCCACACUCAAGCUGUACAACAAGGAGCUGGAAGCAGAGUUUGGACCUUUUGAUGACUGGGUGAACACAUACGAGCUGUUCAGAGGAAAAGCCAAUGAGGAGGAUGGGGCGUCUGAGGAGAGAUUUGUCGGCAAAUUUAAGGGAAAAUUCUGUCUGUAUAAACUGAACGGGGACGAGCCAGAGGAUUGGGACGAAGCCACGGACACUGGGGACUUCAGAGUCAACAAGGGACUUCCUUCCAACAGCCCGGUCCAAGUCCUCAUUCGGGUUUACGUCGUCUCUGCGUCUAACCUGCACCCAGCUGAUCAGGAUGGGAAGGCAGACCCUUACAUUGUUCUUCGGCUCGGCAAGAAUGAAAUCAAAGACAGAGACAAUUACAUCCCGAAACAGCUGAAUCCCGUGUUUGGAAGAUCGUUUGAGAUGCAUGCAACAUUUCCUCAGGAGUCUCUGCUGACGGUGGUGAUCUAUGACCACGACAUGGUGGGAGGGGACGACCUGAUAGGAGAGACUCGCAUUGACCUGGAGAACCGAUUCUACAGCCGACACAGAGCCACCUGUGGGCUCCCCACUGAGUACAGCAUAGACGGUUAUAAUGCCUGGAGAGACUGCCUGAAGCCGUCAGAGCUGCUGACUAAGCUGUGCAGAGACAACGGUCUGAGCGAUCCUCAGUUCAGACCCGGACGCAUCACUGUGGCUGAAAAAGUCUUUACUGGCAAGACACUCUUCAUGCAUGAAGACGAGCCACUAGAGUCCUAUGAGCACCUGUCCCUGAAGAUCCUGCACCGCUGGGCAGAGAUCCCAACUGUGGGAUGCAAACUGGUACCAGAACACAUCGAGACCAGAACUCUGUUCAACAAGGCUCGACCUGGCAUGGACCAGGGUCAGGUCCAGAUGUGGGUCGACAUGUUUCCUAUGGACUUACCUCACCCGGGACCUUCAGUAGACAUUUCACCUCGAAAACCAAAAGGGUACGAGCUGCGCAUCAUCAUCUGGAACACAGAGGAUGUGGUUCUGGAGGACACCAGCUUCCUGACCGGUCAACAGUCCAGUGAUAUCUACAUCAAGGGCUGGGUAAAAGGUUUAGAGGACGACCGACAGGAGACAGAUGUCCACUACAACUCUUUGACUGGAGAAGGAAACUUCAACUGGCGCUUUGUCUUCCCCUUCCACUACCUGCCUGCUGAGAAGGUAAUAGUGGUGACGAAGAGGGAGCAUAUUUUCUCUCUGGAGAAAACAGAGCAGAAGCUUCCCGCCAUCCUGAUCCUACAGGUCUGGGACUUUGAGACGCUCUCCUCUGAUGACUUCCUAGGCGCGGUGGAGUUAAAUCUACAUGGUUUCCCUCGGGGAGCAAAGACGGCAAAGGCAUGUAAGGGGGACAUGCUGACAGACGGGACAGAGCGAAUCUCCAUCUUCCAGCAGAAGAGAGCAAGAGGCUGGUGGCCCUUCAGCAAGUCUGGAGAGCUGACGGGGAAAGUGGAGGCUGAGUUCCAUCUUGUCACAGCUGAGGAAGCGGAGAAAAAUCCUGUUGGCCGAGCACGCAAGGAGCCGGAGCCGCUGCCAAAACCAAAUCGUCCAGACACCUCCUUUUCGUGGUUUGUCAAUCCAUUCAAGUGUUUCUUCCACUUGGUGUGGCGAAGCUACAAGAAGUACAUCAUCAUCGCUCUGGUCCUGCUCAUCUCAGUGCUGUUCCUCGCCCUGCUGUUCUACACACUGCCAGGAGCCAUUUCUCAGAAGAUAGUCAAUGGUUAACAUACACACAGAUUAUGGUCACACUGUAGCUCUCAAUAUGUAUUCAAAAUUAUGGAUGACUUUUAGAUGACAGAUGUUAUGACGUCAUAACAAAAUAAUAAACAUGUUCAUUUCAACAGCUUGACCAAAUGGGACCAAAAACUGUUACCUUUUCUUGCCAAACACACCUGAUGCAGUGUUUUUCUCCCAUUUGAAUAACGUUGGCUAAAACCUAGCCAAGCCUUUUCCUUUAAUGGAAUUAUAUCUAUAUAACCACUUUUUAGAGAUGUAUGUCAAUUAGGAACAAAUGAGCUUAAGAGACAUUCUUACCUUGUUAGGUGUCAUGAGAGCAAUUAGCAUAUUCAUUUUCGGACUUUUCAAAGGAACUGUUGACUAUAAAAGAAUCUACAACAUCGAAAGCCUAAGCCUUUAAAGCCUAGGUUUGGAUUUUUUCAAGCCUAAGUACAUCACUUGCAUGCCAAAUGUACAUUAAAGGAGUUACUGAUCACUGGAAUACAUCACCCUCUCCAUACUGGCUAUGGAAAACAAAAUUGAAUGUUCUUGUUUUUUCCAGAAAUGUGUUUUGUUAAGUCAAAGCUUUUCAAGUUUGCAAAUUGAGUGGGUAUUUUCCAAAUUCAAGGUCUUGUUAUUAAGAGUCUGCUGUGCUUUGCUGCUGCGAGGGGAAAAGUGGCAGUAAACCUGCACAUGUAUGCCUACCAGCAGGGAGAUACUAAUUUCAAUUGGAUUUUACCAACAGCUUCAGAUAAAUUAUAUGGUGCAUUUUAGACAAAACAAGAACUGUGGAUCUUAUCCCAACACAGUGCAUUACAGACAGUAUUCAGAGGAGGGAUGAUUGCAGUGUUGUCUACAGAUAGACUUUAAAAAAUCUGAACCUAAACUUUUAGGUUAUUGACAUUAUUUGUACAAAAGAGACAAGCUUUGUUAAAUAAAAGUUCGACACAGUGCUUAUUUUAAUGUGCAUUUAUUGUAAGUGAACAAGGUAUUAGGCUUCUUUUGUUUUAUCAGGAAUGAAUGUUUGUUUUCUUGUUAGCAACUUUGACAUGUUUUUGGUAUAAAGCAAAGUAACACUUCCCAGUUCAUUUCUUUGUGUACUGAUACUUCAACUCCACAACAAAUUGCAAUGAUUACAAUCACCCCAGCACUGGAAAACCCAUUCUGCCUAAUAUUUGAAAGACAGUCAAAUGCCCAAUUUAAAAAAAACAAACAUAAUAAAUUGUUCCUGUUGCACUAUAUUUUUAGAGCCCAAGAAGGAACAUAGAGGGUAAAUCUCGGGAAGAUCUCCAAAUCUUUUUCAUUUAGGUCUUUGUUAUUCUGGGUCAGUUCAGCACUAUGGAAACAACCACUGCAAUGGAGGGCACACACCCAUGAGAUUGGUCUCAAAUAUAAAUUCUCAUUAGUGAGACAUCUGAAGAGAAUACCCAGCGCAAGUGAACACAGUUGUCACAAAGCAUACCCUGAUCUGGUACCCUCAAUCGUCUUCCAAAUCUACUUUAUAUUUUCCACCAAAAUCAGCAGGGGUUUUUUUAAAUGCGGGAAAAAAAACGUUAAAAAUAGGCUAUAGAUUCCUUUCCUAUUGCAAAUGGACAAGAGAUGUGUACACAGCUUGGCAGCAGACGAGUGUGCCUUUCUGUAUGUGUGGUGUGCCAACAAGCCGGUAAACGGGUUAGUAAACAGCAGAGAUUUACAUUAGAAUUACUUUUAGAAAAAUAAAACACAAUGUAUCGCUUUGCUUACAGAAAUGCAGUAUUUUGAAUCAUAAUACCCGUGUAUCACGAUUUGUAUCAUAUAGCCAGAUUCUUGCCAGCGCAAAACUCUAUAGGACCCUAGUUUAUCGCCAGGAGAGCCGACAGCAGCUCUGGAGACGGGUCUGCAGUAAGCGAAUGAAGCUACUCUGCAGUGAGUGUAACAGCAGCAACAGAAAGUUUGCUGAUCCCUGACCGCCCCAACUCCCGACCAGAUCAGCAAACUUUCUGUUACUGCCGUUACACAGGUUAGACCCAGCUCCGCAGCUGGCCACCAGCUUGCUGUGACAUCCUGCCCUAUGGUUUGCACGUCCAUCAUUGUGGUUGUUUCCAUGGUGCCCAACUGACUUUGAGGCAUGGUGUCCUAAAUGAAAAGUUAUAGUGAGAGCUCAUAAAAGUAAAUAUUUUUUGUCCUCAACUUAAUUUUUUCCCCUCCAUGUCUCUUCCCAUGCUCCGUAAUAUUUCAGUCAAAUCAAACAAACAUUUAACUAUAAAACACAUCAACAGUAAAGACGUACAAGAAAGACAAAGAUAACUUAAGAAGAUAGCUUUGAAGGUUUCUGCAUAAAUACACUUUAACAUAAUUUAUGUUUCCUGUGUAGGAGAAUGAAUUUAUAUAAGAAUCUGAAUGUUGUGUUUUUAUUUGAAUGUUUGACAUUUUAUAGAGUAUGUGAUUUAACGUAAGGACAAAAACAAGGUGAUGCAUUUUGUCUGUACAUACGUGUAGGGAUAAGGUGCUUUUAAUUUUAACCUGUUGAAGAUCCAUAAUGCUUUUCAUUUAUGCUGAAUAAAGAAAUGAAUGAAA